CAACAAAAAAAUCUAUCAUUUACUCGGGGCAGCGUCGAUCAAUGGGAACCGCCACUGCUGCGAGCCGAACGUAGCCUUGCGCGCCACGCGGGACCGACGCCCGAUGGCGACCAUGAGCCGCGGCGAGCUCGCCGCGGAGCUGUCGCGCUGCGAGGACCUGCUCCGGCGCUGGGUCUUGAAGGCCUGGGUGCGGGGCACGGAGACGCUGAAGCACGCCGAGAUCGUCGCGUCCCUCGAGGCGCGGCUCCGGGACCGCGCGUGCCGCGUCGACGGCGCCUUCGACGACGCCGGCUCGACGCUGGCGCUGCGCCGCGAGCGCGACGAGUACGCCGCGGCGCUGACCGCGGCCGCGGCGGAGCGCGACGCCGCGGAGGCGCGCGCGGACGCCGCGGAGCGGGGCCGGAGCGGGGGCGGCUACGAGCUCGACCGGCUGCGGGACGAGAACGAGCGGCUGAAGCGGCGCGCGCCGCCGAGCGACGUCGAGGCCGCGCUCGCGGACGCGCGGCGCGAGGCGAAGCGGCUCUUGGACGAGAACGAGCUGCUGCGCAGCAUGGGCGGCGACGACGAGGCCGCGGAGCUCCUGCGCGACGCCCAGGCCGAGGCGCUCCGCCUGCGCCGGGAGAACGCCGUCCUCGCCAAGGAGCUCGAGGGCGCGCCGCGGUCCGGCGACGACCGCGACGCCGUCGUCGCGGAGGUCCACGCGCUGCGCUACGUCCAGAUGCAGAAGGAGGAGCUCGAGCAGCGCCUCGAAGCCCUGGAAUCCGGGGCUCUAGUGGCGGAGCGCGACGACCUGCGGAAGCGCUGCGCGGCGCUCGAGGCCGAGGUCGACGAAUUAAAAAGCAAGCGCCAGUCGCGGUCGUUCGCCGUCGUCGACGGCGAGGCCGCGGCGCUCGCCCGGACCCUGGGCCGCGAGCUCGCGGAGGAGAAGGCGUUGCGGGCCGCGGCGGAGGCCCAGGUCGUAGCCGCGGAGGACGAGAAGCGCGCGUCGGACGCCGAAACGAACCGCGCCAAGGACGCGGCGCGCGAGAGCGCCGCCAAGGCCCAACAGGACCGCGACGCGUGCGCCAAGCUGCGCGCGGAAGCCGAGUCGCUCCGCCGGGAGCGCGACGACGCGUCCCUGGAGGCGCGGGGCGCGAGGCGCGAGCUCGAGCUCGUCGGCCGCGACGCGCGGACGUGCCAGGCCCGGACGGAGGCGGAGGCGAAGAGCCGCGUCUCCAUCGUCGCCAAGCUCGAGGCGACCAUCGAGGAGACCGAGAGCCGCUGCGCCGGCGCCGUCUCCCGCGAGAAGGACGCGCGGGGGAAGGUCGAGGGCCUGGAGAAGCGCGCGGCCGACGCGGAGCGGGCCCUCCGCGACGCGAAAAACGAGACGACGCGCCUCGAGGCGAAGCUCGACGCGACGAACGCGCGCGUCGCCCGCGAGCGCGACGACGGCGCCGCGCUCAAGGCCCAGCUCGCGGAGGCGCGGACCCAAAAGUCGACCGCGCUCGCGUCGGCCGCGAAGGACUUCGAGGUCAAGUUCGCGCUGCUCGAGAGCGACCGCGACCGGCUGCGGUCCCUCGUGGAGUCGGAGCGGUCGUCGGCCGGGUCGUUGCGGAGCGAGCUCGCCAAGGGCAAGGAGCGGUCCGAGUUUCUGGAAAAACGCGUCGACGACGUCGCGAAGCGCUUCGAGGCCGCCGUCGCCGCCCAGGCCACGAAGGACCGCGCCUUCGGCGAGGAGCGCCAGAAGCUCCACAACGACCUCGCCAUCGCCGUGAAGCGCGAGCGCGACGCCGCGGAUGCCGAGAAGCGGACGUUGGAAUCGCGGCAGGCCGACGCGACGUCCGAGCUCGAGGCGUCGCUCGACGCCGCGCGGCGCGACGCGCUGGCGACGCGCGACGAGGCCGUCGAGGCCGCCGGCCGCCACCUCGAGAGUUUGAGAAGGGCCGAGGGCGCCAACGCGGAGCUCCAGAGCGAGGCGUCGCGGGCCGCCGCGGAGCUCGAGGUCGCGCGGGCGGCGGUGCUCCGGGUCACGGCGGCCGAGGCCGAGGCGACGGCGCGGCUCGAGGCGGCGGCGGAGGCCUGCGACGUGCUGCGCGCGGAGCGCGACGCCGCGCGGCGCGAGCGCGACGACGACCGGCGGACCUCCGUCGAGGCCGUCGAGGAGGCCCAGGGCGAGGCGCGGCGGGCCGAGGCGACGGCGGAGCGGGCCUGCGAGGACAUGUUCGAGAGCCUCAAGGGCGACGCGCGCGCGGCGCUCGAGGCGAAACGCGAUGCCGACGACGCCGCGGCGGUCGCCGCGCGGCGCUGCGAGGAUUUAGAGCAGGCGCUCGCGCUGGAGCGCCGCGAGUUCGAGGAUCUCAAGGCGCGCGCGGCCGCGGAGCUCGAGACGGAGCGGGCGCGGCGCAUCGAGGACCUCGAGGCGGCGGAGGCGGAGCACGGCGCGCGGACGGCCGUCGACCGGCGCCGCGGCGACGACGACUUGGAGCGGUCCGCGGUCCGCCACGACGCCGAGCUCCGCGACGCGGAGGCGCGCGCGGCCGCGGCGGUGCAGGACGUCGAGGAGCGCUACGCCGCGGCGCUCAAGGACACGCGGGACGCGCUCGAGCUGCGGGCGUCGACGGCGGAGCGCGACGGCGACGCGGCGGCCGCGCGCGAGCGGUCCGCGGUCGUCGCCGCGGCGGCGCUCCGCGCGGCCCUCGACGAGACGGGCUUCCAGCUCGAGAAGCUCGCGGCGCGGGUCUGCGAGCUUUUGGACUUUGACGACGACGCGACGCGCGCGUCGGCGUCCGCGCCGCCGACGCCGGCGCUGCCGGACCUCGGCGACGACGACGCGUCGAGUUUUCUCGGCGGCGCCGAGGACCUCCUGGCGACGCCGCCGCCGCAGCCGCCGGCCCUGCGGCGCGAGACGCCGCGGCCGUCGCCGCGCGGGAGCCCCUGGGCCGUCGACGCCGUCGCGCUCGCGUCGAAGGUUUUGGCGCGCGACGCGGGCGACGCGCUCGCGUACGCGGCGACCGUCGAGGACGCGCGCGAGGCCGCGCGCGGCGAGGCGGCGGCGGCGGCCGAGGCCGUCGGCGGGCCCGCGGCCGCGCGGCUCGCGCGGCUCGUGCUCAAGGCGCUGCCGCGCGCGCGCCGCGGCGCCGCGGGCGCGGAGGAGGCCGCGCGGCGCUACCGCCGCGACUCCGAGGGCCUGCGGACGGCGCUCGACGAGACCCGCGCGGAGCUCGCGCGGCUCCGGGACGUGCACCUGGUCGAGGCCGAGCGGGACAAGGCGAGCCUGGAGCACGAGCGCGCGGGCCUGGCCGACGAGGCGUCGCGAUUGGCCAAACUGCUCGACGCGGAGUCCGCGGCGCGCGAGACGGCGGCGAACGCGCUGGACCGCGAGCGCGCCGCGGGCCGCGAGCUGCGCCUCGCCGGCGAGGAGUCGCAGCGGUCCGCGCGGCGCGCGGAGGAGGAGCUGCGUUUGGUACGGGCCGAGGACGCGGAUUUGAAAAAACGCUUCGAGCGGCUGUUGACGGACGAGAAGGCGUUGGCCGCGGAGCGCGAGGACCGCCUCGCGUCGAGCGUCGGCAAGCUCCAGCAGACGGAGAGCGAGCUGCGAAGAGUGGAACGGGAGUGCGCCGCGCGGUGCCUCGAGGACGCGAAAGCCAAGGCCGACGACCUGGACCUCGAGCUCAAGACGUGCCGCGCGUCGCUCGGCGCGUCCGAGCAGCAGGCGGCGGCGCUGUCGGAGAAGGCGCUGGCGGAGAAGGUGCGGGCCGACGCCGCCGAGGCCGCGCGCGACAUCGCCAUGAAGCGGCUCACGGCCGCGCAGGCCGACUUCGAAAACCACAAGGAGCGGCUCGCGGCGGAGGCGGACCGGGACGCGCUGGCCAUCGCCGAGCGCUACGCCCGGGACAAGGCCCUCGCGGAGGACGAGCGCGCCGGCGAGCGCGCGGCGGCGGAGGAGCGCGAGGCGCGGCUCCGGGCCGCGCGCGACGCGGAGCACCGCGAACUCUCGGAGUCCGUCGCGCGGUCCGAGAAGGACGCGGCGCUCCGCGAGGUCGAGGCGGCGCGCCUCGUCGAAGAUCUCGAGGACACGCUGGAGCGGCGGAAGCGGGAGCACGACGCGACGGUGGAGAACCUCCAGAGCGAGCUCGCGAAGAGCCUGGAUAGGGCCGUCGCGGACCGCGACGCGCGGCACGCGAAGGACACGGGCGACCUGCUGCGGCGCUUCAAGGCCUCCAAGGCGCGGGCCAUCGUCCGCGCCGGGAAGCUCGCCGUGGACAAGGUCCGGGCCGCGCUGUCGAAGCUCGAGCCGCCCGCGCGGCCGACGGUCGCCUCCGAGACGCUGGACGCGCGCGCGACCCCCGUAUGCGCCUUGACCGUCGAGGGGGCGCCGAGCGCGCUCGCCGACGUGCCCUGCGACGUCGCGCGCGUGACCCGGGCCAUGGACGCGGUCCUGGCGCAGUUCACCGCGGGCGCGGUCGACGUCGGCGCCUUCGACGCGGCGGCGCGCGACACGGUGGCCGCUUUGGCCGCGGGCGCCGCGGACGCGGCGAAAUCGAAGCUCGACGCGUCCCUGCGGCCCGACGCCCUCGUCGCCGCCGCGGCGACGAGCGUCGCGGGCCUCGCCGUCGACGCCGCGGCGCUCUGCGACGGCCACGAGCGGCUCCUGCGGUCCGCGGGCGAGACCGCGCGGCGGCGCCUCGCGGACGCUGAGACUGCGAGUUCCGCGGCCCUCGCGCGCGCCGGCGACGCCUUCGACGAGCGGCUCGCGAGCGCCGAGGCCGCGAGCGCCGAGGCCGCGGCGGCCGUCGAGCGCCAGUACAAGGCGCGGGCCCUGGCCGAGGCCGACGCGCUCGAGUCGAGCCUCCGAUCGCUCGCGUCGAAGCAGACCGCCGAGGCCGUCGCCGCGGCGGAGCAGCGCGGCGAGGCGCUCGCCGCCGCCGCCGCGGACCGCGCGCGCGACGCCGCGGCCGCGACCGGCGCCGCCGAGCGCGCGCGCGACGCCGCGGCGGCGCGCGACGCCGAGGCCCGCCGGACCGCGCUCCUCGUCGCCGACGCGGCCGCCGCGGCCGCCGCGGCCGCGGCCGCCGCCGAGGUCGCCGCGGCCCUGAGCCGCGAGAAGAAGAUGCGCUCCGAGUUCCAGGACUCGCUGGCCGUGUCGACGGACGCGGCGGCCUGCGUCGCCGCGGACAUGCGCGCGGCUCUGGAGGCCGCGCUCGCCGCGAGCCAGGCGGACAACGAGACGCGGCUGCGGGAGCAGGUCGCCCGGGCCGCCCGGGACCUCGAGGCCCACCGCGAGGAGGCGCGCAAGCAUCUGGAGCUCGCCCACUCGGCCAAGGAGGAGACGCACGCCGAGUGGGAACGGCGGCACGCGGAGCACUCGGAAGCCUGGGAGGCGAAGCACGCCGAGACGACGGAGCACUGGGAGGCGAAGCACAACGAGACCACGGAGCACUGGGAGGCGAAGCACGCCGAGACCACGGAGCACUGGGAGGCGAAGCACGCCGAGACCCACGAGGCCUGGGAGGCGAAGCACAACGAGGCGCGCGACGCCUGGGAGCGGGCGAAGCGCGACGCGCACGACGCCUGGGUCAAGAAGCAUCAGGAAGAGAUCGAGCGCCACGUCCAAGCGCACGCCGAGGCCCUCGAGGCCCACGCCGAGGAGAAGGACCGGGCCCACGACGAGCUCCACCGGAAGCACACCGACGCCCUCGAGGCCCACGCGCGCGAGCUCGACGCCGCGCGGACCGCCGCGAGCGAGGAGAUGGCGCGCCACCGCGCGGAGCACCUCGAAAUCGUCGAGCAGCACCGCGAGGCGCACAGCGAGGAGAUCGAGCGCCACCGCGCGGAGCACCUCGAGGUCGUCGAGCAGCACCGGGAGGCGCACCGCGACGUGAGCUCGAAGCUGGAGACGCACAAGGCCGGGUCCUUCGAGGACCUCGAGCGCGAGCGGGCCCUGGCCGCGGCGGCGCUCGACGCCGCGCGCGCGGAGCACGCGGGCGCGCUGGACGCGCACCGCUCGGAGCACGCGGAGACGCUGGAGCAGCACCGGGCCGAGCACGCCGCGGCGCUCGAGGCGCGGCGCGUCGAGCACGCGGCGGCGCUCGACGAGCUCGGCGCGGCCCACGACGCGCGGCGCGACGAGCACGCGGAGGAGCUGGCGAGGCACGUCGAGGACGCGGAGCGCGAGCGCGUCCAGGGGAGGAAGGCGCUCGAGGAGACGCGCGCGGCGCACGAGGCGCGGCUCGAGCAGCACCGGGCCGAGCACGCGGAGACGCUCGAGCGGCGCCGCGCCGAGCACGGCGAGGCCCUCGACGAGGCGCGGAGGCGCUACGACGACGCGCACCGCGCGCGCGACGAGGCCCUCGAGGAGGAGCGGCGGCGGUCCGCGGAGGCCGCGGCGGCGCUCCGCGACGAGCACGCCAAGGCGAGCGACCUCCUGCGCGACGAGCACGCGAGCGCCGCGACCGCGGCGGACGACGCGCGGCGGCGCGACAAGGCGGCCGCGCUCGAGGUCCUCGACGCCGCGCAGCGCGACUGGGCCCUCGAGAAGGCGCGCCUCGUGGCCGUCGCGGCCGCCGCGGGCGACGACUUUGCGCGGAAGCUCGACAACGAACGGGCGAAGCGGUCCGCGGAGCGCGCGGCCGCGGAGACCGACCUCGAGGCCCUCAAGGGCGAGCUCGCCGAGCGCGCGGCGGACGACCGGGAGACGGCCGUCGAGCGCGCCGUCGCCGAGGAGAAGCGCGCGCACGCGACGCACGUCGAAGCCGAGCUCGACGCGCAGCGCGCGUCGCUCGCGGAGCGCUGGGAGGCGCGCGUCGCGCGCGACGUCGCGGACGCGGAGGCGCGCGUCGUCGCCCGGUGCAAAAACGACGCCGACGCCCGCGUCGAGACGCUGGCGGCGUCGCACGCGUCGGCCCUCCGCGAGGCGGCCGCGGCCGCGGAGGAAGCGCGCGACGCGUCGUGGUCGUCGCGCCUCGACCGGGAGAAGCGCGACGGCGCGGUCGCGCUGGCGGCGGCGAACGAGGCCUGGGGCCGCAAGCUCGAGGACUCCGAGACCGGCUGGGCGCGGCGGCUCGCGGGCGAGGCCGAGGCCGCCGCGCGCGACAAGGACCGCGCGGUGCGGCGGACCGAGGACGUCUUCGCGACGAAGCUCCGCGACGCCGUCUCCGGCGCCGCGCUGCUGCCGGCGUCGCCGCCGCCGUCGCCCGGCGGCCGCCGGAGCCGCGCGUCCAUCGUCGCCAUCGACGCGACGGCCAAGGCGAAGCUGCUGCUGCAGCAGGCCAAGGAGGAGCGCGACGACGCGCAGCGCGACCUCGACGCGGCCGUCGCCUUCGAGGCGGACCGGGGCGCGAAGCGCCUCGACGAGGCGACGCGGACGCUCGAGGCGGCGCGCGCGGCGGCGCUCCGCGACGCGCGGCGCGACGCGGCGCGCGCGCUCGCGGACGCCGAGGCGAAGCACGACGCGGAGCUCGUGGGCCGCGUCAAGGAGGAGCAGGCCCGGGCGGCGGCGAGCCUCGAGGCGCUCGCGGCCCAGUACAAGGAGAGCCUCGAGCGCGCGCGCGCGGCCGCGGCGGACGCGAGCGGCGGCGCGAACGUCGCGCUCGCGGCCGCGGAGGACGCGCACGGCGUCGAGCUCCGGGCCCUGCGCGAGUCCUACGAGGCGCGGCUCGCGAGCGCCGAGUCGCGGCGGUCCGUCGACGUGGCGCGGGCGCUGGAAUCGGGCCAGCGGGCCGGCCGUCUCGCCGCGGUCGACGACGCGCGCGGCCCGACCGAGGACGCGGAGGCCCUCCGGGCCGUCGAGGCCGAGUCGCGGCGCCGCGAGGACCGGGCGCAGCUCGAGCACGCGCACGCGCAGGCCCUGCGGGAGCUGCGGACGGCGCACGAGGCGGACCUGGCGGCCGCGGACAAGGCGCGCCGCGACGCGCUCGACGACGAGCGCGCGCUCCGGGACGCCGAGGUCGCGGCGGCCGUGCGCCGCUCCGAGGACGCCUUCGCCGACAAGCUGCGCGCCGUCGUGACGAAGGGUGCUGCGCCCGACGCUUCGUCCCAAAAGGCGGCGCCCAAGUCGCGCGCGUCCGUCGUCGUCGCGUCCGUCGAGGACGCCGUCGCGGCGCACCUCGAGGCCGCCGUCCGCGACCGCGACGACGCCGAGCGGGUGCGGGCCGACGACCUGCGGGCCGCGGAGCAGCGCGGCGCGGACCGGGCCGCGGCCGCGGGCAUGGCCACGCUCAAGGACGCGGAGUCGAAAUUCGGCGCGACGCUCGCGGACGUGAAGGCGGCGCACGCCGCGGAGCUCCGCGCGGCCGCGGCGGCGGCCGCCGCGCCGCCGCCGCCGCCGCCGCCCGUGGAGACGCGCGUCGUCGUCAGCGACGAGCGGGCCCUAGCGGACGCGCGGCGCGAGGGCGCGGAGCUCGAGCGCAAGAAGCGCGACGCGGCCGUCGCCGCGGCGGAGGCCGACGCCGACCGCCGCGCCGAGGCGUCGCGCGUCGACUUCGAGCGCAGGCUCGGCGACGCGGCCGUCGAGCGGGAGACGUUGGGCGACCAGGUGUCCAAGCUGCGCCGGGACCUCGACUUCGAGCGCCGGGCCGCCGCGGAGCGCAGCGGCGACGACGACCUCAAGGCCGUGGUGGACGGCCUGCGCCGGGACCUCGCGGAGGCGCGCGCCGCGGAGCCGGAGCCGACGGCGCGGCCCCGGUCGGGCUCGGGCGCGCUCAAGGUCUUCGGCUCCUUCGACGACGACGACGAGCCGCCGUCGUCGGAGAGCCGCACCGUCGCGCGGCUCCGGUCGGACCUCGCGGACGCGCGGCGGGACCUCGAGGCGGCGACCAAAAAUUCCGGCCGGCGCGCGAGCGUCGCGGCGCCGGAUUCCGCCGUCGUCGCGCAGCUCCACCGGCACGUCGACGAGUCGCGGCGCGACUACGAGGCCAAGUCGAAGGAGUGCGAGGCGCUGAAGCGGUCGCGGGGCGACGACCAACGGCGCGUCGACGAGGCGGAGCGGGAGCUGGCCGAGGCGCGCGCGGCGGCGGCGGCGCCGGCCGACGAGAGCCGCGUGCUCGCGCGGCUUCGCGGCGACCUCGAGGAAGCGAACCGCGAGCUCGCGGCGACGCGCGCGGAUCUCGAGGACGCCGAGGCGCGGUCGACGUCGAAGCCGUCGCGGCGGCGGUCGUCCGUCAUCGUCGACGAGUCGACGGUCGUGGCCAAGCUGCGCGCGAGCCUCGACGAGGCGCGGAAAGAGUACGAGGCGGCGCGGGCCGACGCCGAGGCCGCAAAGAAGGCCGCCGGCGACGACCAGCGCACGCUGCGCCAGGAGCUCGCCGCCGCGCGGCGCGACGCCGCCGACGCGCGCGCGGCGAGCGACGAGGCGUCGCGGAAGCUCGAGUCCGACGCGCGGCGGCGCGCGCGCGAGUCCGACGCCGCCGCCGCGGAGCGGGAGGCCGCCGCGGAGCGGGAGGUCGCGCGCGUGACGUCCGAGCUCGAGGAGGCCCAGCGCGACCUGGCGGCGACGCGCGCGGAUCUCGAGGACGCGGAGCGGCGCCGGCCGGCGGCCGCCCCCGAGCGGCGGCGGUCGUCGGUCAUCGUCGACGAGUCCGACGUCGUCGCGCGGCUCAAGGCGUCCCUCUCGAGCGCGCGCGACGACCUCGCGACCGCGGAGACCGCGAAGAAGGCCAGCGGCGACGACGCGCGCAAGCUGCGGAAGCAGCUCCGCGACGCGGAGCGGCGGGCCGAGGACGGCGCGGCCGCCGCGGAGCUCGCGGCGUCGUCCGCCGCGGCGGAAAUCCGCCAUCUCAAGCGCGACGCCGACGACCUGCGCGCGGCCGCGGAGCAGGGCGGCGGCGAGAGCCGCGUCGUCUUCGACUUCUUCCAGCCCUGGUGCCACGUCGUCGAGUCCGCGCACGACGGCCCCUCGAGCGCGGCCUUCUCCUCCGCGCAGGUCUGCUUCUCCUCCGCGCAGGUCUGCUUCUCCUCCGCGAGAGUCUCCUCCAGGCCAAAUUUGACCCAGGUCACGACGCAAAUCGCAACACAAAGGUCGAACGCGCGGCCGCCGCCCGCGGGAACGCGACCCGCCAUGUCGAGCGACGCCGGCGGCGCCCCGCCGGCGCGGAAGACCGUCGCGGCGCUCGCGGACCUGCCGCUGCGGCGCGGCAAGUGGACCACGGACGAGCAGAACUACAGCGAGCUGCUCAUCCAGUACUUCCUCGCGGGCGUCGUGCCCGACUGCGCGGACGGCACGACGCUCCGCGCGUUCCUGAGCGCGCGGCUGCACUGCGCGCCCAUGCGCAUCACGAAGAAGUUCGCGGGCGCGACGCUGGGCAAGUCCAUCUUCUACCGCACGGGCCACCUCGACGAGCCCGAGCUCUGGCGGCUGCGGCGCCUCGAGUCGCUCUUCGUCCGCGCCGAGGAGACGACGUCCGCCGAGGCCAUCUUCUUCGCCAUGCGCGGCGCGGCCCAGCGGUCCGGCGAGGUGGUCGACCACCCCGGGGGCCCCGGCGCGGGCCGCGCGGCCCGCGCCGCGCGCCGCGGCGCGGCCGUCGACGGCGAGGCGCCCGCGCCCGCGCCGCCGCGGCCGCGCGCCGCGGUCGCGCCGCCGCGGCCCCCUCCACCCGCCGCCGGCGACCGGCCCCGGGCCAUCACGCUCUCGAAGCUCGGCGCGCCGCCGGGCGCGCCGCCCGACGACCCGAGCGCCGGCACCGUGGCCCAGAGCGCGCUCCACGCCGCGAACGCGGCCGUCCGCGGCGCGCCGCCGCGGUCCGCGCCCGCGGCCGCGGGGCCGGGCCCGUCGAGCUCCUGGGCCGCCCGCGUCGCCGAGGGCGCGGCGCUCGUCACGGCGGCGCGCCGCGACGCCGAGCUCCGCGCCGCGCGCGCGAACUACAGCGCGGACCUCCGGACGCUCGUCGGCCACUGUGUCGGCCAGGGCGGCGACACGCCGCGGACCUUGGAGACGGACCGGCGCGCGCUCGCGUCGCCCGAGGCGCCGCGGCCCGGCGCCUUCCCGCGGCCCGAGCCCCCGGCGGGGUACCGCCCGGGCGACAACCAGACCGCCGACGAGGUCGCGCGCGCGGCCGUCCGCGCCGCCGAGGCCGCGGCGCGCACCGCGACGGAGCUCACGGAGUUCGAGGAGCGGCCCAGCGAGCGGCGGCGCCAGAUCCUCAUGCGCGCCAUCGACAAGAUCGGCGAGAUGGCCCACGCCUGCGACGCCGACGCGGCCGCGACCGGCCGCGGCGGCGCCGCGGCGCGCGACGCGCGGACCGAGGCGCUCCGGUCCGUGUCCGCGGCGUCCGCGGGCCAGUCCGGCGCCGUGCUCGCCGCGGCGCGGUCCGCCGCCGCCGUCAAGCCCGCGACGGAGCUCUACAGCGAGCUCUACGGCUGGGUGCCCCCGGACCUCGGCGUCGAGGCGUCGCCCGCGACGGUCACGCGGCGCUUGGGCAUCGCGGACCAGCCCAAGGCGCGCGCCGCGCGCCUCGCGGAGCCGCCGCCCUUCGACGCGGCGACGCAGCGCGGCCUCCACGGCCACGAGCGCGGCCCGGGCGGCCACGAGUCGCUCCGCCGCGCGGCCGGCGCGGCCGCGCUCGCGCGCGCGCGCGGCGCCGUCGCGUCCCUCGCCGCGCCCCGGGGCCUCCCGCCGCCGGCGCCCCGGACCGACGCCCUCGCCGCGGCGCCGGCGCCGGCGCCGGGCGACGACCGCGGCGCGCCGCCCGCGGCGCUCGGCAGCCCGAGCCCGAAGCGGAACUACCGGGACCUCCUCGCGGAGCACCACCGCGCGGCCGCGGCCGCCGCGCGGCGCACGGGCGACGCCCUCGGCGGCCACGCCCUCGGCGGCCUCUACGGCACCCUGCCGCCCCGCGACGGCGACGACCGCGCGAAGCGGCUCCGCGCCGCCGACGACGCGCCGCGCGACGCGCCGCCCGCCGCGCCGCCCGCCGCGGCGCCGCGGGACCAGGCGAGGCGCGCGCUCCUCCCGCCCGGCGCGUCCCCGCUCCUCGGCCUCUCCUACCGCAAGCUCGUCGUCGGCUCGACGACGCCGCAGAGCGAGCCGAGGUCCCUCGUCCACAACACCGCCGCGAACACGGGCUCCAACUCCUAGGAGCCCCCCCAAAACCCCCAAGCACCAAACCGGCGCACGGCAAGCCUUCGUAUACUGACCUCCUUUCGC